CUCUUUCAUAUACUUCCGGGCCGGAGUUCACAGUACACAUGCGAUUGCGGAGGAAAACGGGCAUCAAUGGGAAGCAGAUUACAGCUGAUUUAAUUUAAGACUCAAGUGAAAGUGCAUUUGACUGUACGGGGCAGUUUCUGUAGUGGACAGGAUGGAUGGGAAGGUUAAGAAGCAGAAGCAACAUCAGCAGAAGCACAGUGGCCCAAAGGCAGAGAAGAAGAAGCUAAAGAAAAAGAACGACUCAGUGGAGGAGGAUGAACGCAAACGCAACCCAAAAGCGUUCGCUGUUCAGUCAGCUGUCCGCAUGGCCAAGACAUUUCACAGGGCCCAGGACAUUAAAACCAAAAAACACCACAUCCCUAUUGUAGACCGGACUCCCCUGGAGCCUCCUCCAAUUGUGGUUGUAGUUGUCGGCCCCCCCAAGGUGGGAAAAAGCACACUGAUCCGCUGCCUGAUCAAAAACUUCACCCGGCAGAAGCUCACAGACAUAUGUGGACCUGUAACUAUCGUUUCUGGCAAGAAGCGUCGGUUGACUUUCGUGGAGUGUAACAAUGACAUAAACACAAUGAUUGAUGUCGCAAAGGUGGCUGACCUGGUUUUGAUGCUGAUUGAUGCCAGCUUUGGCUUUGAGAUGGAGACAUUUGAGUUUCUUAAUAUUUGUCAAGUACAUGGUUUCCCUCGUAUUAUGGGUGUGCUGACUCAUCUGGAUGCAUUCAAGAACAACAAGACUCUGAGAAAGACAAAGAAAAACCUCAAACAUCGUUUCUGGACUGAGGUGUACCAGGGAGCCAAGCUGUUUUAUCUGUCUGGCAUGGUGUAUGGUGAAUAUCAGAACCAGGAGGUGAAGAAUCUUGGCCGCUUCAUCUCUGUUAUGAAGUUUCGUCCUCUGGUGUGGCAGACAUCCCACCCUUAUGUUGUAGUUGAUCGUCUUGAGGACUUGACAGACCAUGAGAGGGUUAGGACAGACCCUAAGUGUGACCGGACUGUGUCACUGUAUGGCUACCUCAGAGGGACACAUUUGAAAAACAAAGGCCAGGUCCAUAUACCAGGUGUAGGAGACUUUCAGGUGUCAGAUGUGAACUUCCUGCCAGACCCAUGUCCCCUACCUGAUACUCAGAAAAAGAGGGCACUGAACGAGAAGGAGCGGCUGCUCUAUGCACCCAUGGCUGGGGUUGGAGGGGUUGUGUAUGACAAAGAUGCUGUUUAUAUUGACCUCCCAGCCAGCCACGUCAGACAGCUGCAGGAAGAAGUGCGGCCUACCACAGAGCUGGUCCAGUCCCUCAUAGAAACGCAUGUUACUCUAGAUGCCAAGAUGGCUGCCAGUAAGGUGUCUCUGUUCAGUGGCUCUGCCAGCCUGGACCCCACAGACAUCAAUGACGAGAGUGGAGAGCAGGAGGGACAUCGAGAGAUGCGUGUCUGGGAUUCCAACACACAAAGAGAGAGGAGGAAAGUGGUUUUCACCGGGGGUGAGAAGGAGGAGCAGAGUGAUUUCAGUGGGUCUAGCAGUGAUGAGGAUGAUGACAGCAGUGAGAGUGACCAGGAGGACCAGGAACAGGAUGAAGAUGAAAAAAACAUAGCAAGCCAUGCUCCUCCAGUAAAGAAACAGAAGCUGGAGGAGAUUAAAGGAGAGAGUGAAGUGAUCCCAGAGGUGCUGGCAUUUGCAGACAGUGAGGAUGAGCUGGAGAAGAGCGAGGCGGAAAGUGAAGGAGAGGACGAGGCUGAGAGAGCAGGAGACUCUGGGCACUCUUCUGAAGAGUCAAAGGAAGAGAGUGAUGAGGAGGAGAAUGAAGAUGAAGUGAUGGAAGAGGAGACUGGUACAGCUAAAGGAUAUGACAGCGAAGAGGAAGAGCAGGGGGCACUAAAAUGGAAGGAGGGCCUGCAACAGAAAGCAACAGAAGCAUUUUUACGACAUCAAGAAGCUGCCCCCAAUCUGAGAAAACAGGUUUAUGGUUCAGUGGUAGAAGCAGAUGAUUCUGAGGAGGAUAAUGAGGAGGAGGAGCUUGGUGGGCUGUUUCGAGUCAGCCGCCCUCAGAAAAGCAAAAAAGUUCAGGCCAACGCUUUAGACUGCUCCCAUUUCAAUCCUGACACCUCGCACAACUGGGAUUUAGAAGAGAUGUUAAACUCGAUCAGGGAUUGUUUUGUGACUGGGACAUGGGAGGAAGGCCAAGAUGCUGCAGUGCUGCUAAAAGAAGAUGAGGAGCUAUAUGGCGACUUUGAAGAUUUGGAAACAGGGAAAGUCCACAAAGGCUCAACUGGGGAGGAGGAUCAGGCUGAGGAAAGUGAGAUUGAUGGAGAUGAAGCUGAUGAAGACGGAGGGGUGAAGGUGGAUGAUGAGGAGGUGCAGAAGAACAAGCGCCUGGAGAAGAAACGCAGGCUGAAGGAGCGCUUUAAUGCAGAGUAUGACGAUGACGAUGCCACUUACUUUGAUGAUCUGAAGGAAGAGAUGCAGAAGCAGGCUGAGCUGAACAGAGCUGAGUUUGAGGACAUGGACGACGAGUCAAGAGUGCAGUAUGAAGGCUUCCGGCCAGGAAUGUACAUCAGACUAGAAAUUUCCUCCUUGCCCUGUGAGUUUGUAACCAACUUUGAUCCCCAUUACCCCAUCAUCGUCGGAGGCCUGUCCACCAGUGAAGGCAAUGUAGGAUAUCUGCAGAUGCGACUGAAGAAACACCGCUGGUAUGACCGUAUCCUGAAGACACGGGACCCCCUCAUCCUGUCCUUAGGCUGGCGCCGCUUCCAGACCAUCCCUCUCUACCAUAUUGAAGACCACAAUGGACGCCACCGGCUACUCAAAUACACACCACAGCACAUGCACUGUGGAGCCUCCAUUUGGGGUCCCAUCACACCACAGGGCACUGGCUUUCUGGCUUUUCAGUCAGUAUCAGGAGUUAAAGCUAAUUUCCGCAUUGCAGCCACAGGAGUCAUCCUGGACCUGGAUAAAUCAGUGACUAUUGUGAAGAAGCUGAAACUGAUUGGUUACCCUUAUAAGAUCUUUCAGAACACCUGCUUCAUUAAGGGCAUGUUUAACACAGUGCUGGAGGUUGCUAAAUUUGAAGGUGCUUCUAUACGAACGGUGUCAGGGAUCAGGGGUCAGAUAAAGAAGGCGCUGUCUACACCUCCCGGAGCUUUCAGAGCCACCUUUGAGGACCGCCUGCUCAUGAGUGAUAUCGUGUUCCUGCGCUCCUGGUAUCCUGUACCUGUUCCUCAGCUGUACAACCCCAUCACUUCACUGCUGCUGCCUGUUGGCCAGAAGGACACCUGGUCAGGCAUGAGGACCCUGGGGCAGCUCAAACAUGACCUGGGAAUUCGUAACAAACCCAGCACUGAUUCUCUGUACAAGACAAUAACCCGGGCCCCAAGGCACUUCAACCAACUCCACAUCCCCAAGGAGCUCCAGAAAGCCCUCCCCUUUAAGAGCAAACCCAAACUACAGCAACUCAAAGGAAAGACGCCCAGAGACCUCAAGAGGCCCAGUGUGAUCCGCGAGCCCCACGAGAGGAAGGUGGUAGAGCUGCUACGGGCUCUGAGCACAGUCCACAACUACAAGAAGAAGGCGGCCCACACAGUGCAUCAUGCCAAACACAAAGAGUUCCUCCAGCAGAAGGAGAAAGAGGAAGAAGCCAAGCUGAAGAGAAAGAAGGAUGCACAGAAGAAACUGUACCGCAUCAUGGGCCAGAGAGAUCAGAAGAAGCUCAGGUCCAGUCUGAAGGGGACGACAAAGGAUGACUAAUUGACUCUUUGAACUCAUGAGGCAUCUUAUCCCUGCAGACUCUGAGAUAAUUUGCUCUGAGAUAAUUAACUGAUCUGAAAACAGUUGUAAAGCCAAAUGUAACUGAUUUUUUUUAAAAACAAAUUAAACACAUUAAUAACUGCAA